AUGCGAAACUAUUUUGCAAAGCUUCAGUAUACAUUUCGUAAAAAUGCUAAACAAUUGCGGGAACUCUCGCUUGAUGAGCUCCUUCGAAGGAAGAACAAUCUCGAAUCGGAAAUGGAUGAAGAGUUGAGGGAUUUACAAAGAAGGUAUCAAGCGAAACGUCAGCCGAUUCUUGAUGUAAUUGCAGCCAAGAAGAGGAGGAACGCGAACUGA